GUGAAGAAAACGUGAUAACCUCUUGGAGCUGUUCUCUUAACGGUUCUGUGUCAUCAUCAUCAUACAGGGACGAAGACGCGCGCGGGUCUCCAGACUCCACGUGACAUGAUGGCGCUCACAGCUACAACGACAAGGAAAAGUGAAGAUGACUCUUUCUUCAAUGAAUCUGACCAGAUGCCCCUUACUGCAGCUGCAGCCCUGUGGGCCACUGCGGGAACUCCAGCAUACUCCCCAGGCCUGCAGUACUUAAGUCAGAUUGACCAGUUGAUUGUCAAUGCACAAGUGGAUCUAUUGGAAGUUCUGGUAGGUUUUGAGUCCAACAACAUGUACCAACUGAAGAACAGCCAGGGCCAGCCAGUAUUCUAUGCCUUGGAGGACACUGAAUGUUGCACCAGAAACUGGUGUGGAUCCCUCCGCCCAUUCGUCAUCAAGGUGAUAGACAACUAUCGCUGUGAAAUCAUCAGGUUGAUGCGUCCUCUGAAGUGCGACUCUUGCUGCUUCCCUUGUUGCCUGCAGGAGAUGGAAGUGCAAGUCCCUCCAGGGAACCCCAUUGGAUAUGUGCUUCAGGAAUGGCACCCUUAUCUUCCAAAAUUCACAAUCCACAAUGAAAGGAAGGAGCCUCUGCUGAAAAUCAGAGGACCGUUCUGUACCUGUAGAUGUUUCUCAGACGUGCCGUUUGAGGUGACAUCUCUUGAUGAAAAGACGGUGAUUGGCAAGAUAUCCAAACAGUGGUCUGGGAUGGCCCAGGAAUGUUUUUCUGAUGCAGACAACUUUGGGAUACAAUUCCCCAUGGACCUGGAUGUCAAGAUUAAGGCAGUGUUGAUUGGUGCCUGCUUCCUCAUUGAUUUUAUGUACUUCGAGCUCUAAUUCUGAUAUGAGCAGGAUGCACAGCUGAACGAGUGCAGAUUCAAGAUAUGACCUGAUGGUUCCAAGCUCCUUUACAUUUUUUUUACAUUUUCCUUUAAACUCUCAUCACAUUUUUUUUAAAUUUCAAAAGAUUUUGGACAAAUUUCAUUUUAAUAUUGAAUUCAUAUAUUACAAUUUUGAGAAGAUGUUGGGUUGCGUUCUCUGGCACAGAAGGGUGUUGUAUUGCUCUGAUGGGUAAGAAAAGAGAACAAGAUACAUGAAAGAAAAGAUACAUGGAGUGUGGAAGACAAAACCACAUGUACAGUAUGCUCAAAUUUGCUCCUGUGGAAAUUUUAUUAUGCAAAAUCCAUAACUUCAUGGAUGCAUUGGCAGAAAGGUUAUCAAAGCAAAUCACAUCUGUGAAUUACAAAGAUUUAUGUUAAAAAAAAAAAAGCUAAAAGAAAAUUGAAUUAAUCAGUUGUAAAAACAUACUGACCCACUAUUGCUCUCCAUGAUUAACCAUUUGUCCAAGUCAUGUCGUGGCGGUCCGGACCCUAUCCCAGUGGUACAGGGGACAAGGCUGUCUCAAGGGCACACCCUGGAUGGGAUACCAGUCCAUUGCAUCCCAUUG